AAUUAUAGAAAUAUUUAAAUACGUUUUAAAGUUUCAAAGAGUCGUUCGUUUUCGUAAAUCAUAAAAAAGAAAAUAUAAAACUUUCUGCCAUUUCAAGAAAAAAUCAUUUAGUCGUUGAGUUGGCAAGAUGUCAGACAAGGACACCCUACUAGCGAGGGAUCUCUCGCCAGGACCACUUUUGAGCUUAGUUGCAAUUUCCUUAGCUUCCGCUUAAGGAAUUGCCACCCUAUGUCAUGAAGAUAGAUCUUAUUUUAACAAAACAAAUAUUUUUGGUGAUGGAUGCUGUAUAUCAAUAAUUUAACCCGUUUUAUGUUUGAUCGUCAAUCAAUGUCAAAACUGAAAACAUUACUACAUUAGCAUAUGCCGUAUAAUAUAAACAAAACGAACGCCCCUUUACUUGCCUAAUAUCUGAGGGAAACCACAUUAGGCAAUUACAGAAAAAUAAGAAUACAUCAAUACAAUUAUACGAUUCACCUACUCUUGUAAUUAGAUAGGCGAAAUUAAAUAUGGCUUGUGCAAAUAUUCAAGAUGAAGAUUAUUCUCUCUGGAAUAGUUGUCCAGCAGAUGUACUGUUGCUUAUCUUUAAAUAUUUAGAUUUGGAAACACUCACAGCAUGCUUUAAAGUCAACAAGGUUUGGAGAGACUUGGGAAUGUAUUACUGCGAUCAUUAUAAAUUAUGGGACAAAAUCGUAAAAGAUUGUCUUUUUAACAGUGGAGAAAGUUUUAAACAAAAAUCAACCAUGAACAGUAAAGAAAUCUGUCUAAAUGCUUUAUUAUGGCAGGAUGUAUCAAAGGCAAAACGAGUUAUAAAAGAUUAUUACCAAAUGGAUGAAAUUGAACAUAUUCAUGUUACCAAAGACACACUAAUUGUGGUUUGCAAAAGCUGUGUAAAGUUAUUGAAUGUAAAUAACUUCACUUUGAUAAAAACACUGGACAUUCAAUGCGCUGAUUAUCAAGAGUCUACAACCUUGUACACAAUACUCAGUGCACCUGUACCUGGAGUAGAGGAGUGCUUUGCUUUGAGAAUAAAUAAAAAAGGAAAUUGCCAAUGCAAUGACAGUCAAUUUUAUCAUCCGAUUCCCAAGACAACUCUAUACAGUGUACAUGACAAAGGUUGUUACUUCUUUGACGAAAGUUACACACUGUGGGUGUUCGCACCAAAGUGUGGCCGGCAUUUGCGUCUUCUCGGCCGAUACUUUGGACACAGAGAGACCGUUCAUAGUGUAACUGUUCACACAACUGGUGUAUACAUCUACCUGCUUAACGGCAGUGUACUGUAUGUGGAUAGGUCCCAGAAGAAUAUGAGCAUAAUAUUUCGUGUGAAUGCACCAGGAUGGAUAUUUGAUUUGGUACCAUACAGUUUUGAUCGCUUCACCCUUGUUUAUGGAACAAGCGAGUCACACACUCCGAGUAUAUAUGAGAAUAAGCUAUGGGAUGCAAAAGUUUUGGUAUUUCCUAACCUGUCGACAGUCACCCAGCACGGCGAUAUAUUACUGCUAGGCUUUAACGAUGGAGCGUUCGGCAUAUACAGGCCGAGCACUAUGUCCACCGAGCACGGCGGGGGGCCAGAAAGACGGUUCCGUAUACAGUUCAGUGACCAGCCACCCGUCGCCAUCCGUGAGAUAGAAGUACAUGAAACUUUCGCCAAGCAAACCAUGUUUGCGCUCAUUGGCAACCGUAUUGCUAAAAUCGUAAUGUCCUACCCGCAGUUCUAUGAUGUUGAAUAGAUUUAAGUCGUACAUUGUUUUUUUUUUGUUUUUUCUAUAAAGCACAGUCAUACACAAAUUUUGUGCGAAAUGUAGGUAAGUUUAAUUUAUUCAUAUUUAUUAAUAUUUAUUACAUAUAAUAUGUAGGUACAGGUUCCUCUAAUUGAUUUAACCAUAUUAUGUUUAUAACACGUAAAGGUAUAUAAAUAAUGUCCCUAAAAUAAUUAAAAUAAGUAGAAGCAAAAAUUAUUCGAAAUAUCUAAUAGCGUGUCGAGAUUUUCCAAUUAUGUUCCUCCGGGAAUCUAUCGCUGUAUCUGGCUAUUCUUCUUUAGCAGAUUUAGAGCUUACCGAGAAUAUACAAACGGACACGCAGUUUUUCAUACCUAAGUAUGUUUUGUACAUAAAUUCCAUAGACAAACUAGUAAUCUUGUCUGCGUCAUUUCACUCGCUUUAAGCGAUAAAAGGGACAAAAUUCAGCUCAAUAAGCUUGAGCGAUUUCAGAACUUGUACCUCCUUAUUAUAUACCUUAUUAUUUUUGGAUUGUGUAACGUUUGCGAUCUUUGCUUAUCGUAACAGGUUGAAAUUGUUGGCUCCCAGAUAUCGCGAGCGUCUCGAUACUCAUGUUCUUCAUUUGUUUUAGGGAUUAUUAUUUGAACACACAAAGCCUUCUUUUGUUAAAAGUAACGUAAAUAACCGAUUGAGAAAUCGAAAGUUGUAUCUUCGAUGUUAUUGAACAUAAAACUUUUCUUAUUAUUCCUCGUUCGUAGUUUAAGCUAUAAGGUUAUCGAAUGAUCUACCAAUAGUAUAAUUUUAUAAUUUCCGUGGCUAUACGAAAAGCUACAUUUCAAUACAGAAUUAAUACCUACUUAAAUGGGUUUUGAUGAAAAAAGUAUUAUAUUUUUAUGCAUUUACUAACUGAUACAUAGAUUAUACGUACAUAAGAUAAUGGUUUUUAGAAGCUAAUAAAAGUUUAAUAAUUCACCAUACUAGAAUAACAUGUCAAUUUAUUUCACUCAGUUAAAGACAUAGGUAGGUAUACAAAAGUAACAAGGAGGGUAAACUGAAAACAGUACUGAAUCCAGUGUGGGAAAUCACAGAGUUACAUAGUAACUUAGGUCACCUACCGCCAUCACUCCUACACUGGAAUUUUAGACGUAAGAGUAACUCCUCAGAUCUCAUUAUACAUUUAAGAUACGAACAUUAUAAUAUACUAAAUGGAUGUUCACACAAAUGUAGCAGUGUGCCAAAAAAAUAUUUUUAAAAUAUGUAGCUACAUACUUCUAAAAAAAAAUGUUUGGAACUUAUUUUCUGCGAUAGCCGAACUUUAUAACGAAAUAUAUUAUUUUGGUACAAUUUCAAUAUUAUUUUCAAGAAACUUUUUUUUUAGAACGUGUGAUUCUUUUGUUCAAAUAGUUGUUGAGAAAGACAUAUCUAUGAUAUUUAUCUUAUAUAUAUCUACCUAUAAGCAUUUAACGUAUUUAGUCUCAUACGAUCUCAAUGUCUAUUUAACCAAAUUAUUAUAAGAAUACCUAAUAGUAUAUAAGUGCUUUAAAAUAACUCCUAACGUUAGAUUAUUUUAAUUGUAUUCACUAUUAGGUAAACAACUUUUAACUUAUGUUAUGCUUUAAUAUUGUAUGCGAUACAAAAAUACGCGUGAUUAAAUUUAGAUAAAUAUAGAUACUAUAAGAACUUUACCGCCUGAAAUAAUGAUAACAGAAAGACUGGUUGGGUAAUGUGCUAUGGUGUUCGGUAUUUGAUGGGCAAAGUGAAGAGUAAAAUUCUAAAAGAAUGGUUGUCUGAGCUUUCCUUCUAGAAGAAAAAAGAAUAGUUUAUAUCGUUUAUAUCUCUCUCUUUCUAACGUGUUAUAAAAGACAGAUUUGUUUUCGCAUUUUUUUGAUAUUACUUUGCAUAUUAUAUUAUUUGUUAUGGAUAUUUUUCUAAUAAGGAUAUUUUAUACCUUGUUGUUCUCGUAAAAACAAAUGUUUUACUGUUAAUCUAGAUAAUACUUUAGUCACUAAGGUAUGUUUAUGAUACAUACUUAUCUUAACGUGUAUGUUAUUGGGAAAUAAAGAAAAAUAUGAAGAGAA